AUGCCUAUCCUAGUCGCUAACUUGGUCAAUAGGCCCGACUCGGCCGUCGACUCAGACUGGCAAGGCGUUAUCACUCGAGGUGCAGGCUCUAGUAAGAUCGUGCUCGGUUACGUGCGCACCGGUUAUCUUGGUACUGCACGCAUCGAGGAGGACAUUGAUAUGUGGUACACGCUCUACGGUGAAAACAUCGGCGGUAUCUUCUUCGACGAAGGAUGGCCUGAAUGUGGCGCCGACAACAAAUACGCGGGCCUCUACAAGUAUAUCAACGACUACACCAAACGCACACACCCUGGCGCUUAUACAGUCCUCAACCCUGUAUCACCGAUGGCGGCUUACUAUGAGGUAGAAAUUAUGGUUAUUGACUUAUAG